AUGGUGUUGCGCAAGCACGAGCUCGAGGGCAAGCUGGGCGAGGAGCGGCGCAUGAUCAAGAGCGGCGUGCUGCGCGACGACAACCCGCUCGACCAGAGCCCCGAGUUCAACGACUUCCUCGUCGCCUGCCGCCACGGGGACCUGCGCAAGUGCCAGGAGCUCAUCAACCUGGGCGUCAACAUCAACGGCAAGGACAGCUUCGACUACACGCCCCUCAUCAUCGCCAGUCUCUGCGGACACUACGAGCUGGUCCGGCUGCUGUUGGAAUCGGGCGCCUUGGCCGAGAGAAACACGUUCCAAGGCGAGCGCUGCAUCUACAACGCCCUCAACGACCGCAUCCGCAAUCUGCUGCUGCAGUACGACUUCUCCAAGACGUCAGACCCCUAUCUCUACUGGUCCACCCACAUCUCGGGCCUGCUCGCCCGCACCGCGCCCCCAACCUCCGACAUCUGCCUCAUCGCCGGCCAUGGCCGCUUCCACCUGCACAAGUUCCUCCUCGCCGCCCGCACCCCUUACUUCCGCACAAGGCUCGAGGCCCAGCCCGACACGGCCGCCUGGUCCACCCUCGCCGCCGUCCCCGUCGAGGCUCUGCAGAUUGCACUGCGCCAUGUCUACCUCGGCGACCUGCCGCGUGACUUGGUCCCCGCCGGCAGCCCGGCCGAGCAUGAGGAGGACGUCGCGCGCGGCCUUGACCGCGUCAGCAAGCAGCUCGGCAUCCCCCGCCUCUGGGAGGCCUUCCUGGCCAGCAGUGGCGAUCGAAGGCUGGCCCGUCAGCGGUACCGGGACGAGGAGGAGCGCGCCUUGAAGCAGAUUGGCGACUUCUUCCAUGCCUACGUCCUCGGCGGCAAGAUGGUCCUCGACCCCGAACGCGUCUGCGACGUGCGCUUUGGUUACGACAACGCCGCCUUUGCCGACGUCUUGCUCCGCGCCGAUGAGGCGGGCGCCGACCAUGGCACCGAUACACCCCCGAUCCUCAACGGCCAAGGCAUCCCGGUCGGCGACGGCGGCGACGGCAAUAAGCGGCCCAAGACAGUCCUCUACCCGGCCCACAAGGCCAUGCUCAUUCGCAGCCCCUACUUUGAACGCAUGUUCUCGGGCGAGUACGUCGAGUCGCAGACAUCGGCGCACCUGCGCGUCGUCACGGUGGACUGCUCGCCCGCCGUCCUCGAGCUCGUCCUCGGCUUCCUCUACACUGAGUCCGUCACCUGCCCGCUCGAGCACGCCCUCGACCUUCUCUACGCCGCCGACAUGCUCUUCCUCGACGGCCUCAAGAGCAAGGCCGCCGUCGCCAUCAGCACCCUCGGCAGCGGCGCCGCCAACGCCCUCGUCGACCGCACGCGCGUGCCCACCGCCGACGCAAGCACGGAGCCCAUCAACAUCUACGACGUCAUUCACGCCGCCUGGGACCUCCGCGUCCAGCGCCUCGAGGAGUUUGCUGCGCGCUACCUCGCCGGCCGUCUCGAGGACUACAUCGACGACCCGGACUUCCACGACCUCAUCCGCCAGAGCGCCGACCGCAUCCGACGCCGCGAGGAGACGGACUCGAUUGAGCUCCUCGACGACAUCCGCUACUAUCUGUCGGAGCGCUUCCGCCUGCGCUUCGAGGACGCCGGCCUUCAGGACAUGCUGACGGCCGAUCCGAGCGGCGGCGACGACGACGUUGAUCCUGAGUUUCCCAAGCACAACGAACCGCCGCCUCCCUCUGACAAAGGCGCCCACCCCGCAAAGUCUCAUGCCGGGGGGACAGGGCAGCGACAGCAUCAGGAGGCGGAGGAGGGGGAGCAGCAGAUCGACGCGGGCGCGGUGCGCACGCUAGACGGAGACACGGCCGACGACGAAUUUGCGUCCGACGCCAUCAACUACGACGUCUUGCUGGGCAAGAUCGACGCCAUGCUGGACAGUCUCAAGCUCGACGCCUGA